GCCCCGCCCCGCCCGGUCGCGGAGCGGUGGCAGCGCAGGGAGGGCCCGGCCCCGGGAUGUGAGUGCGGCUGGGGCCACACCCAACCCAGCUGUACCAGCAUGUGCCGGAGACACGCUGGCCCAUCGUGUACUCGCCGCGCUACAACAUCACCUUCAUGGGCCUGGAGAAGCUGCACCCCUUUGACGCAGGAAAAUGGGGCAAAGUGAUCAGCUUCCUGAAAGAAGAGAAGCUCCUGUCGGACAGCAUGCUGGUGGAGGCGCGGGAGGCCUCGGACGAAGAUCUGCUGGUGGUGCACACGCGGCGCUAUCUCAGCGAGCUCAAGUGGUCCUUUGCGGUUGCAGCCAUUACGGAGAUCCCCCCUGUCAUCUUCCUGCCCAACUUCCUCGUGCAAAGGAAGGUGCUGAAGCCCCUGCGGACCCAGACGGGAGGAACCAUAAUGGUGGAGGCUUCCACCACUGCUCCAGCGACCGGGGCGGGGGCUUCUGCGCCUACGCGGACAUCACGCUGGCCAUUAAGUUUCUGUUUGAACGAGUGGAGGGCGUCUCUAGGGCCACCAUCGUGGAUCUGGAUGCCCAUCAGGUGCCUGGGGCAUCUCCUUGGGUGUGGAGGAGAGUCCUGGUUUGGCCAAGGAUGCCUGCCUGUGAGCACGCCCGUGUGCUCCCCGCAGGGCAAUGGGCACGAGCGGGACUUCAUGGGUGACAAGCGCGUGUACAUCAUGGACGUCUACAAUCGCCACAUCUACCCCGGCGACCGCCUUGCCAAGCAGGCCAUCAGGAGGAAGGUGGAGCUGGAAUGGGGCACGGAGGAUGACGAAUACCUGAGUAAAGUGGAGAGGAACCUGGAGAGAGCCCUCAAGGAGCAUCAGCCUGACGUGGUUGUGUACAAUGCGGGCACGGACAUCCUCGAGGGUGACCGCCUUGGGGGGCUGUCCAUCAGCCCGCAGGGCGUCGUGAGGCGAGAUGAGCUGGUGUUCCGGAUGGUCCGAGGCCGCCAGGUACCCAUCCUCAUGGUGACCUCGGGCGGGUACCAGAAGCGCACGGCCCGCAUCAUCGCCGACUCCAUCCUUAAUUUGCAUGGCGUGGGGCUCAUCGGGCCUGAGGCAGCCAGCGUCUCGGCACAGAACUCAGACACCCCUCUGCUGCCCCCGGAGGUGCCCUGACUGCACUGCCCUUGAGUGGCUCCCUGCCUGCUGCCCACCCACCUGCCCCUCAGUGCUUCUCCUUUUCCAACCAAGGGGUGGGGGGGCCUCGCGCACAGCUCCACUCUCUCCACUGGGUGUCGGGGGUCUCCAGGCCCCUCUGUGGGCGGGGGCAGAGGGCAGGGCCUGAGUCCCAGCACAACCCACACGGUCACGGUCACGGUCAUGGCCUGACCAGGCCCUGUGCAGACAGACAGUGGUUCUCCCAGGAGGGAGGAGGGCAGGUGAGGCCCCCGGGCACAGGGAGGGCCCCCAGGGGUGGGGUGUUCUGGUUAACAAAACAGUACGACCGUUUCAGACCGAGGACAUUUCCGUCUCUCCUGAGGCUGGGCCUCCUCCCUCCUCAUCUUCACCCUCAUCUCCUCGUCCCAGGCCUGGGAGGGCUGAGGGGUGCUGGAGCCAGGCCUCGGGAGGAGGGGGGGUCCCUGCAUUCCCAGCCAGCGGGCAGGAGCCUUGGGCCUGGAUGUCCGGGCGGCAGGGAGGGGGACACAGGUGGGUUUUCCCUUCUGUCACCCUCCAGCAGAGCAAGGGCUGGACCAGCUUUCCCAGAGCCUCUGCCUGGCAGUGCGCGGGAGGGGAGGCCUGAGGGGCCCCAAACCCGGAUCUCCACAGUGUCUUGCCCAUCCAGGGAGAGCGGCAGUUUGGGGGGUAGAAUGCGUGGCUCAGGGACAGGCCUCAGCUCUGGAGGCUUGAGGGGGCAGAGGCAGGCGGGGCUCAGAUGGGGAAAUCGGGGCAGUGCAGGUGGCCAUGCUGGGUCCUGCAGGUCCAGGCGGGAAUGGGAUGCGGGUGAGGCCAGGCUGGAGUUCCUGGAGGAGAGUGGAGGGUCUGCAGGUGGUGAGGGCAGGGGCUGCAGCCUCUGCUGGCCUCACCCAAAGUGCUGGGCCCUGAUUGCGCUCUGCAUUUGGGGUCCCAGGUGGGCUCUGACCUUGUCCUCAGCUCUACUCUGAGAGGGAUGCUCAGCCCCUCCCCGGGAAGCUGGCACAGUGAUGGGGAGGGGUGCACACUCCUCCUUGCCGGGGUGUGUUCUUCGUGAUGAGAUGGGGUGGGGCGGGAAGGCCGUCCAUCCAUGGUCAGUGUGGGUGUGGGACGUGUGCUCCUCGCCACCUGGGGGUCUCCUGAAUUCGCCCACUUUCUCCCUUAUCCCCCUCACUGCUGUCUCUGCCGGGGUUGGGGGUGCUUCCGGGAAGGGUCCCAAGAUCACCAAUUGUCGAAAAUGCUGACCACCUGGACCAGCCCUGAGGCACUAAUCAUGGCUUGGACGCCCCACCCUCCCUACCCCUCCCGUGGUCUCUGUCUCUGACUCGAGGCACCUAACACCCCUUCAACUCCCACUCAAGCCGGCGACCUCUGGGGGCAGGCGAGGGGCUGGCUUGUCCCCAGGGAGCCCAUGUUUGAGAGACUCAUAAAGGCUCUUCUUGAUCAGA